GUUCGUGAGGCGCCUUCGUCAAACCAUCUUAAGGUCAUGAUGCUGUUUUCCCAUGAACUCGGUUAAAAGAUACAUGUUUUGGAUCUUCAAGAGGUCUAAGAAGUCCGUUGUUGAUCAAUUGGAGGACAUCGAUGAUGAAAUUUUGGAGCUGGAAAAUGAUCGCUCCAACAGUAUCGACUCAGAGAAACAGUUCGCAUUUCGUCUGCUUUUCUACUCGUUUAUAUUCUUUGGCUUGAGUUUUAUCACAGUUUAUUACUACUUCUGGCCCAGUACGUUAACUGGGAAAAUGGUGAUAUGUACGAUAUUUGCUGUUUAUCCUUUUUGUAUAUAUUUCCUGAAGUAUAUUUUACGGGUACUAUUCUCUAGACGCGUACAUAAGACAAAUGAAAAAUUAAAACAGCUUCGGGCUACUAAACAAAAAUUGCUAGAAGAGGUGAUGGAAAAGGAAACGUUCAAUAAAGCUCAACAAAUUCUCAAACGUUUUGACCCGCUAAAAUUCGCUUCUAUAGCUAUUGAGGAUAAGAAGACCCCUAGACCAAUCUAUGGAUCGAUGAAUAAUCUUGUUACACCUCAGUCUGAAUUACGUCGGAGAAAUACCACGGCAGAUAAGUAUUUAACUCAAGGAUUACUAGGUAAGAAUACUAUUUUAAGACGAGGCUUUUUAGCUUAG